CCAUCUGCGGCGCGCUCCUGACUGGUUUUUACAGAAUGGAGCUGGGAGGAAUCAGUGUCAGAGUUGUUACGAAGCUAAGAAGUCGGCAUCGCCGGUGAAAACCGUUCAAUUCUGAAAACCGACCAAUUGAAAUCACAAUAUUACAUGUGCCGAUCAAUUGUAGCAGUUUUCCCGUUGGAUACAGAGGAAAACAUUCUGGAUUUGUGAUAGUGAUUUUAACCAUCAGGGUUUUCCUGACAGACUGGCUUGGCUGCCCAGCUAAACUACACCAAAGAUGGAGCAGCUGUCAGAUGAAGACCUGGACCACACAGAUGGAGGAGAGGAGGACAGUGAUAAAGAAGAUCAGGAUCUAGACAAGAUGUUUGGAGCCUGGCUGGGAGAGUUGGAUAAACUCACACAGAGUCUGGAUGAUGGGAGACCAGAGACAGUCCAGAAGGCCCCUCAGAAAGCCCCUCUCAGACAGGAGACCAACAUGGCUAACUUCUGCAACCGCUUCUCCAUGUACAACAUCAACGAGGCUUUGAACAAGGGUGGAGAAGGUGUAGACCUGGAUUCCCUGAUGGCAGACCUGUGUUCCAUAGAGCAGGAGCUCAGCACCAUCGGCAAGCCCAAUAGUGGCAAGAACAGGCUGGGUGUGCCAGGUGAUGCCAAGCUGCGCCAGAAACCCCCCGCGGGCCGUGGCACCAAGGGGCAUGGUGGAGCGGGGGGCAGUGGAGGAGGCACCUCCAGCAGUGGGGGCAGUGCCUCUAGUAGUACCCGGGCCUCGCCAGCCUCCACGGUGGCAGCUCGCCGUCCCUUGGCCUCCAACCUGGAUGACAUCACGGCCCAGCUGGAGCAGGCGUCUCUCAGUAUGGACGAGGCUGGCAGACAGAGCUCCCACUCCCUGGCUAGUGGCUCCACCUCUUCCUCCUCCACCAUGCGGAGGCCCGCCUCCCAUCACCACACCCACCGCAGGACAGGCUCCGUGGGGACGGUCAGCGAACACGCGGUCCGCUCCAUCUCCCAGUCCUCGUGGUCGUCGGUGAACUCUGCGUCGGCCAGCAGCAUGGAUUCCCUGGAUAGUUAUCUCCGGCCCUCGGAGCAGGACGGGGCAAUGCCCACACCACAGGGGUCCAAUCAGGGCCCCCCGGGCAGUACAGAGCACUCCUAUCUGGACUGGGAAACCUCUCUGAUUCUGCAAAAUAUAGCAGGGAAGCCCUCUCACUUGCUGACCAAGGAGGAGCAGGUUGCCAAGAAGAAGGCAGAGAAGAUCCGUGUGGCUUUGGAGAAGAUCAAGGAGGCCCAGGUUAAAAAGCUGGUGAUCAGAGUGCACCUGUCAGAUGAGAGCUCUAAAACCAUGAUGGUGGACGAGAGACAGACUGUCAGACAGGUUCUGGACAGCUUGUUGGACAAGUCCCACUGUGGCUACAGUCCUGACUGGUCCCUGGUCGAGACCAUCAACGAACUACAGAUGGAACGUAUCUUUGAGGACCAUGAGAACCUGGUGGACAGCCUUCUGAACUGGACCAGAGACAGUCAGAACAGACUGAUGUUCAUAGAACGCAUAGAGAAGUACGCCCUCUUCAAGAACCCUCAGAACUAUUUGUUGGGGCGGAAGGAGACGUGUGAGAUGGCAGACCGGAACAAGGAGGCUCUACUGGAGGAGUGUUUUUGUGGCAGCUCCGUCUCGGUACCUGAGAUGGAGGGAGUACUCUGGCUGAAGGAGGAUGGGAAGAAGAGCUGGAAGAAGAGAUACUUCCUGCUCAGAGCCUCUGGGAUCUACUAUGUACCAAAAGGAAAAGCCAAGGCUUCCAGAGAUCUGGUGUGUUUCCUGCAGCUGGAUCAUGUUAAUGUGUACUACGGACAGGACUACCGCAGCAAGUACAAGGCCCCCACAGACUACUGCCUGGCCCUCAAGCAUCCUCAGAUCCAGAAGAAAUCCCAGUACAUCAAGUACCUGUGUUGUGAUGAUGUCAGAACCCUACACCAGUGGAUCAAUGGGAUACGCAUCGCCAAGUAUGGGAAGACCCUGUAUGUGAACUACCAGGAGGCUAUGAAGAGGACUGAGGCAGCCUACGACUGGUCUUCUCUCUCUAGCUCGUCUAUCAAGUCUGGAUCCAGCUCCUCCAGCCUGCCUGAGUCCCAGUCGACCCACUGCAGUAGUGAUAGUGGUGUUGCUGUGUCAGAGAACAACCUGUCAGGCCACAGCCGCUCUCAGAGCCAGGUCAGCUCCAUCUUCUCCGAGGCCUGGAAGAGAGGCACCCAGGAUGAGUUGAGGAUGGAGUCAGUGAGCAGACCCUACCCUCUGACGCUGCCCCCCAUGCACCAGUCAGCCCCCCAUCCCGAACCAGCUACACCAGUGUCUCCCCUGAAUCCUCGCCCUCUCCCCCGACCCUCCCCUCCUCCUCCUCCUCCUCCCCCCCUCCCCCAACCCCCUCACCAGGCUGCCCCCACCCUGUUUGUUAAGUACAGCACCAUUGCCCGCCUGCAGGGUGGCGCCAACCAGACUGCCAAUCAUUACAAUGUCCAGCCAAUGGGGCAGCAGCGGCCCUCCAGCCCCCCUCCAGUCUGUCAAACCCAACUACAACACCAUGCCAUUGGCUCCCACUCUCCAUAACCCUCCCCUCCUCCUCCCCCUGCUCCAUGCCUUCUCCAGGCUCUGCCAUGGCCUCUCUGAGACUUGGCCCCCAGCCCUGUUCCUCAGUUCAUCCCCCUCCCUCCCCCAGGCCCAAACCCUGCCCCCCUCCCCCCCAGAAGAGGACCACCAGUGCCCCCUCUCAGUAACACUGGGCUGCAGCAGUUCCUGGCCCAAAAGUUCCCCAAUAUGAACUACGACUUCUCCGACCUGGAUGGCCAACCUGUGUCCCCUCCUCCUCCUGCCCUCUCCCCCCCCAUGUCACCUUCUGCACCUCCCAGAACCUUCUCUGGUGUUUUCCCACCCCAGACUGCUCCUAAGACCUUUGGUCCAGGGAUUCCCCUGUCCCCAGUCUCACCCUCCCCUCCUUCUGGUCCAAUGAAAAAGCAGCAGAGCUUCUCGACAGGUCAUUCACCCAAUCAGCCGCCUCCCACCAUGCCCAAACAACACAGCUUCUCCUCUAAGACCCUCCCCCUGUCCGCCCCAAUCUCCCCGACCCCCUCCCUGGUCAAACAGAUAGUCAACCAGUUUCCCGGAGCUCCCCUGCCCCCCAGUCCCCCGGCCGUCAAGACCAAACCAAGAUGGCAGCCAGGGGGUCAGAUCCCCAGCCCCAGAGUUCCCCCUCCUCCCCCUGAGGACAGCCUGGACUUCCCUCCUCCUCCCCACUCCGUCCCCACCCCCCGCUCCUCCCCUCUCUCCCCUGCCAAGAUGGGCUCUCCUAUUAAGAAGUCUCCCUCUUCCACCUCAACUGGCUCCUUCGGGAAGAGGGGGCCUCCUCCCACCCCCCAGCGCGCCUCCUCCAUCAAGUCUAACUCCUCAGGGGAGUACCAGGAAGAGGCCCAGGUCCAGAGGCAGCCUAAGAAGGUGGAGUCUCUGGUCAGUAAGUUUGCCCAGCCUGGCCUCGGCUCCUGCAACUCCUCUGCUGCCUCCUCCUCUGGAUCUCUUGCUAAGGACUUGGGGCCUCCUGCUCCUCCUAAACCAGGCAAGCUGAACCUGUCAGCUCUCCCUCUAGUCCUCCAGGGUCUACAGACAGGGCAGCACUGCCAGCCCAGUGGAGACUUCCCCUCUCCUCCUUCAGAGCUCGAUUACUUCCCCCCACCUCCUCCCGACUCUGAGCUGCUCCCACCGCCCCCCCUCCUCUCUGAGCUCCACCCGGGGGCCCCCAGGGUCGCAGUCGUCAACCCCCAACCGCAGGCCACGCCCAUCUCCCACCCUGUCAGCCAAUCAUCAUGGAAGACCCAGUCUCUGAAGAAGACUCCGCCUCCGACACUGCACAGGCUGUCCCGGAGCAACACGGUCCAAGACCCCUUACCCCUGUCCCCCCCGCCUUUUGCCUGUCCCCUGCCCCCCACCUCCCCCGGGGUACCUAAGGGGGGCGGUACCCUCUCCUCGGUCCAACCCAACUUCCUGGAGGACCUGAACCGGACCUUGAAGAGGAAGUCCAUCACGCGUCACGGCUCCCUCACGCGGCACGGCUCCUCCCGGCUGGAGCCCGUCUCCAUGGACGACAUGGCCCUCCCCCCUCCUCCCCCAGAGCUGCUGCUGGACCAGCAGAGGGGUGGACAGGGCGGGGGCCACGGGUACAUGUCCUCAGGCUAUGCAACGUUACGGCGGGGGCCGCGCCCUGCCCCGCCCAAACGGGACCAAAGCACCAAACUGACGGGAGAGUGGUAGCUAGGAGGUAGCAGGGGAAAGAUGAGGACUAGGGCUGAGCUACCCAGGCUAUAGACCCAUCAAGGCUACAGACUGACUACAGGCUAUAGACCCAAUCAGGCUACAGACUGACUACAGGCUAUAGACCCAUCAAGGCUACAGACUGACUACAGGCUAUAGACCCAAUCAAGGCUAUAGACUGACUACAGCCUAUAGACCCAAUCAGGCUACAGACUACAGACUGACUACAGCCUAUAGACCCAAUCAGGCUACAGACUGACUACAGGCUACAAACCCAAUCAGGCUACAGACUGACUACAGGCUAUAGACCCAUCAAGGCUACAGACUACAGACUGACUACAGGCUAUAGACCCAAUCAGGCUACAGACUGACUACAGGCUAUAGACCCAAUCAGGUUACAGACUGACUACAGGCUAUAGACCCAUCAAGGCUACAGACUGACUACAGGCUAUAGACCCAAUCAGGCUACAGACUGACUACAGCCUAUAGACCCAAUCAGGUUACAGACUGACUACAGGCUAUAGACCCA